AUGGAAGGCCCGAUCCACGUUGCGUCGACGGCCGCGACCGACCGCGCGUGGCACGCGCGCUACGUCAAGCUCGACGACAUCUCGGCGCAGCUCUUCUGCUACCGCGACCACACGAUUGCCGAGACCAAAUGGGCACUUCCGUUGCACGGCGCCGACGUCUCGACGCCGCUUCCGGGUGCGCCCACGCAUGGCAUUGCCAUGGACGCGAUGCCCUACUGCAUUCUGCUGCACCUCUCGACGGGCGACGUCGUCUGUCUCGGUGUUGCGGACCUGGCCGCGAAGAAGGCGUGGAGUGCCAAAUUGCUGCACGUCGCGUCGCAUGGCCCGCGCCAGCACGCAACGUUUGCCAAGCAAGAGAGCGACGACUUCACCUUUGCCGCGCGCGUCGCCGAUGUGCGAGUGGACGCAGGUUACGCGGAGUACAAGGUGCAGUGCGCGUGCCGCUUCUUCAACGUCGCGUACGCGCGCCACUUGUCGAUCGAGUGGGUCGUCUGGCACCGGUUUGCCCACUUUGCAGCGCUCGAUAACGUCUUGCGCACCGAGUUGCCCAAGCAAAUGGCCGGGAUUCCGUUUCUGCACCAAAAGCGCGACGUCCUCCGGACGCUGCUCGGGCACGCGCUGGAGGACGCCUUCCUCGCUCAACGCCGGACGGCCCUCGACACGUACCUCUGCAAGGUCGUCGAGAUCCGGGACGCCGUGGCCUUUCUUACGCCCACGUGCAAUGCGGCGCUCAAGGUAUCGACGAUCAACGACAAAGUAGCAACAACAAUAAUCCUGCUAGGGCUUUUUGAGUUUGAGACGCACUGCAGCCACGAGGAUGUCGUUUUGACAAAGAAAGAGGCACGCGCGCGGACGCCGCGUCAGGACAAGCCAAAGGCACCGACCAAGCCCAAGCUCAGAGCGACGUCACGCGCACUUAAGACCGACGCUGUGAGCUCCGUGACGACGCCGACGACGUCCAAAAAGAAGCAUAAAGACAAGAAAAAGGCCGACGCGCCGCGGACGCCCGAGGGGAUCGAGCCACCGCCGCCGCCGCCGACAUGCGACAAGCCGCAACUGGCAGCACCCGUGGUCAGUGUGCCACCGGCGCGCGCCAAUCUGCUGGCGCAGAUCCAACAAGGCACCAAAUUGCGCUCUGUGCGUUAACGCGAAAG